AUGGAGAACAUUAUAGUACCCCUAACCAAAAUCCUCAGGGCCAGUAUAGCACUGAGACAUAUUCUGAGGUCAUGGAACGAGACUAAGAUAGUCUUCAUUCCAAAGCCGGGCAAGGCUGGGUAUAUUAAACCAAAGGACUUCUGCCCAAUAAGUUUUACAUCCUUCAUAUUGAAGACGCUGGAAAGACUGGUGGACCGAUUCAUAAAAAUGGGGCCCUUGGUAGGGAGCCCCCUCUCUCCCUCUCAAUAUGCGUAUCGAAAGGGUAGAUCCACGGAUGCCGCCCUACGCCAUCUGGUGGGACUCGUGGAGGGACAAUUCGCUGCCAAGGGAGACGCCAUAGGAGCCUUCUUGGAUGUUGAGGGAGCUUUUGACAGCACCUCGAACGAAACCAUAGAAGAAGCUAUGAAGAAGCAUGAGAUCCCUAGGACGAUCAUUGCCUGGAUACAGGCCAUGUUAAGGGGUGGUACUGUUACCAAGGCUAAUGUAUGCUGCGGUAGUCUGGUGGCCAAGGGCAGAAAAGGUGGAAACAAGGAAGCUGUUGCAGGGCUUGCAGGGAACUUUCCUGAGGGUCGCGACGGGGGCCAUGAAGACCACACCUACUGA